AUGAUACAGGGACUGUCUCAUUUCUCUCUACCUAUUUUUAUACUUCCUCUUCUGCAAGGCUUGGAGAUCACAGACCCUGGGCAAGUAUUGUACAAGGAGGACAGAAUCAGUGGUGUGGUGGAAAAUGAAGUAACCCUAAAAUGUGGCCCCACCCUCCCUGAUGUCUACAUCUGGAGCUUCACCAAACCAGGCACCGAGACGAUCCGAGCCGUGGUGUAUAACUUUGGAAAGGGUCCAAAGCUGCAGCAACUGGCCCAGGACUUGGGUGACUUGAUCGUCAUCGGUAACAGCGCCUCCCUGUACAUAGAGAAGCUUCCUUUAGCAGCAGAGGGUUUAUACACCUGCCAGGCUCUGUACGACACCGCUGAAGGAGCCAAGCUUUAUUACUACUACAUGUAUCUGCGUGUUCUAGUGCCUGUCUCCAAACCAUAUAUUUUGCAAAGUAACUCCUCAGCAGUUGAAGGUUGGUCAUUUUGGAUGCACUGCACCCUGGUGAAUGGCACAGAACCCAUACACUAUAUCUGGGAAAAGGAGAACCGCAGUGGGCAGGUCAGCAUACUGGCUGAGAGCAACAGCAAUCUGCUUAACAUGACUUUGGUGACCCGCAACCACACAGGGUGGUUCUGGUGCAUGGCCAGGAAUGAGGUCAAUGAACAGCAGAGUGACCGGAUCUGGUUAGACGUCUUAUAUGGGCCUGAUCUUCCGCAAAUCGACGGCACAACAUAUUCAGUAAUAUCUGAAGGAUAUUCAGUUCUGGAGAAAAAAAACAUCUCUCUCAUGUGUCAAGCCUCCUCUAACCCUCCUAGCCAAUACACCUGGUUCUACAACAACUCAGAGAUCUACUCUGGACCACAGCUCAGCAUUACCAACAUUCUACGUACAGACAUGGGCUACUAUGCCUGCUUGGCCCAGAACACAUACCUUAACACACGGUCUAAAAAAACCAUUAUACUCACCGUCUAUUACCCUCCAGAUGGUGUGCCAAGUUGUUCUAUCUUCCCAGUGAAGAACUACACAGACCUGGCCCUCUUCUGCUCAUGGAAGGGAGGUUAUCCUCCAGCUACUCUCAAAUGGAGUCCAUAUGUGAAUGGUGAGAAUGGACAGGGUGUCACCAAUGUCACUCAGAUUCAGCCAGGACUGGAGACUGCUAACAACUCCGUAUACACCUGCUAUGGCUCACACGUUGCACUAAACGUCUCUCAGAACUGCAGCACCAGGACAUGGCUACCAUAUGGAGAACCCCAGUGUUCUGCAAACUCUAGCCGUAGUAAUGAGCACCUGGUGUUGUCCUGUUCAUGGGAGGGUGGCUUCCCUCUAGCUUUGCUAUGGUGGGAUUCCAGUUCUGGAGAGAUGCAGGGUACAUCAAAGGAAGCCACCAACAACUUGGUCCUGAAUUCAAAUGCUACAUACAAUGGCAAAACAUUUGUGUGCCAUGCCAAACAUCCACUGAUUAAAGAAAGCAAGCAGUGUGUGAUCAAACUGGAGACACCAGUCCUAAAGACUCAGCGCAGUGUGGUUUCAGUGUAUGAGGGGAAUGAUGUCCAGCUCACCUGUAAUUUGAACAGGAGCUACCCACCAAUCACAGAGAUCACCUGGUAUAACAACUCACAGCAAAAUGUUGGUGAAACACCCAGAAAGUAUGUCCUGCAGCAGGAUGGUGCCUGGAUUAACGUGACAGUGAAGGAGACAGACAGCAACAUGGACAGUGGACAGUACUGGUGUUCGGCUGCUAAUGCUGUUGGUGGAGCAGAGAUUCCCAUUACGCUUCUGGUGAUGAGAUACCCGUUGCCUCCAAAUGUAACAAUCAGUAAGCUCAUAUACAGUGGACGUGAUAGAACAGACGUUAAUAUGAAAUGGCAAAUUCAGAUGGAUGCUAAUCUCACUGGGUUCUUCAUCGAGUAUCAGAGGCUCCCUGUCCCUGUAGAGAGGAGUGAUAUUGCCCCUGUCUGGCAAAAAGUGGCAGAAAAACUGGAACCCAGCACCCGCAGUUACCAGAUCACUAACCUGGAUCCAACCAGCAAAUAUGUCUUCCGUGUGACAGCUGUCAAUCACCGAACUGUUGGAAAUCCAGCAGAGGUCAUGAGCCCAGAGUCAGUUCCAGUUUCUAAGCCAUACAUCAUACUGAGUGACUCGUCACCUCUGGAAAGUGCAUCAGUGUGGAUACGCUGUGUUCUGGAGAAUGGUACAGAUCCCAUUUACUACCUCUGGGAACAGGAAAGCCGCAGUGGUGUGGUCACCGUAUUGGCUGAGAGCAACAGCAGUCUAAUUAACAUCACCUGCGUGACCCGUAACCACUCUGGAUGGCUCAGGUGUCUGGCCAGGAAUGAGGUCAAUGAGCAGCACAGUGACCGAAUCUGGUUGGAUGUCAUAUAUGGUCCUGAUGUGCCUCAGAUACAUGCUGUUGGCUACUCAAAUAUGGGAUUCACAGUACUUGAGAAAGGGAAUGUCUCCCUUAUGUGUCAAGCCUUCUCUAACCCCCCUAGUCAAUAUGUCUGGUUCUACAACAACUCCCAGGUCUACACUGGGCCACAGCUUACCAUCACCAAGAUCAUCAGAAUGCAGUCAGGGAACUAUACCUGCCUGGCCCAGAACACUUACCUGAACACUCUCUCAGAGAAAACAAUCACACUCACAGUUUAUUAUCCACCAGAUGGCUUUCCAUUGUGUACCAUGUUCCCAGCCAAUAACUACUCUGACUUGGCUCUCUAUUGUUCCUGGGAUGGAGGCUUCCCCUCAGCUACCUUGAACUGGAGUCCAUAUAUGAAUGUGAAUGGAGACAAUAAAGUGGUUACCAAUAAUAUCACUCGAAUUCAGCCAGGGUCUGAUACGGCUAACAAUUCGGUAUUCACUUGCUAUGGCUCACAUGUUGCAUUAAACAGCACCAAAAGCUGCAGCACCAGAACAUGGUUGCCCUAUGGAGAACCUAGGUGUUCUGCAAAUUCAAGUCGUAACAAUGAGAACCUGAUUCUUUCCUGCUCCUGGGAUGGUGGUUUCCCUUGGGCUCUCCUGUGGUGGGCGUCCAGUUCAGGGGAGAUGCAGGGCACAUUUGAGUUAGACACCAACACCUUGAUCCUCCACUCCAGUGCGAACUACAGUGGCAAAACAUUUGUUUGUCAUGCCAAACAUCCUCUGGCUAAAGAGGGCAAGCAAUGCAGCUUAAAAUUGGAGGCACCAGUUUUGAUGACUCAGCACAGUGUGGUUUCAGUCUUUGAAGGCACUGAUGCUCUACUCACUUGCAUACUGAGUAAAAACUACCCCGUGGUGCCAGAAAUCACCUGGUACAAAAGUAUAAAGCAAAAGCUGGGGGACAAUGCAAGGAAAUAUAUCAUACAGCAAGCUACUGGAUGGUCCUUGACCGUGCGACAGACAGAUGGUAUGGUGGACAGUGGACAGUACUGGUGUUCUGCUACCAAUGCUGUCGGAGCAGCAGAGAUCCCAGUCAUGCUGCUGGUGAUAAUGCCAGUUUCCAAACCCACUAUCCUGCUGAGUGACUCUUCCCCAGUGGAAGGCAUGUCAGUCUCUAUGCGGUGUGUAGUGGAAAAGGGCACUGAACCUAUUAACUACACAUGGGAGCAGGAGAGCCAGACUGGGCUGAUUACAACACUGGCCAAGGAAAACAGCAGUGUGGUCAGUUUUAACCGGGUCACACGUAACCACACUGGCUGGUUCAGGUGCCUAGCCAGGAAUGAGGUCAAUCAGCAGCGCAGUGACCGGAUCUGGUUAAAUGUCUUAUUUGGUCCAGACUUACCUCAGAUAGACGUCACAGCCUACUCAGUAACAGAUCAUGGAUACACAGCUCUGGAAAAUGGAAACAUCUCUCUUAUGUGUCAAGCCUCCUCUAACCCUCCCAGUCAGUAUGUCUGGUUCUACAACAACUCCCAGGUUUACAUUGGAUCACAGUAUACCAUCACCAAGGUCCUCCGUAUGCAAGCGGGCUACUACGCCUGUCUGGCCCAGAAUGCUAAUCUCAACACCCGCUCCAAGAAAACCGUCACUAUCACCAUCUACUAUCCACCAGAUGGUGCUCCAUCAUGUUCCAUAUUCCCAGUAAAUAACUACACUGACCUAGCUCUGGUUUGUUUCUGGGUGGGGGGAUAUCCACCACCAAGCCUAACCUGGAGUCCAUAUGUGAACGGAGACAAUCCACAGGGACCUGCUAACAUCACUCGAAUUCAGCCAGGGACAGAGACUUCUAACAACUCUGUAUUCACCUGCUAUGGCACACAUGUCGCUCAAAAGGUUCCCCAGAGCUGCAGCACUAGGACAUGGCUGCCUUAUGGAGAACCUCAGUGUUUUGCAUAUGCGACUCGUAAUAACGAGUACCUGAUGCUGUCCUGCUCCUGGGAGGGUGGUGUCCCUCGGGCUCUGCUGUGGUGGGUGUCCAGUUUAGGGGACAUUCAGGGAUCAUCAGAAGAGAACUCCAACAUCCUGGUGCUGCGUUCCAGUGCCAACUACAGUGGCAAAGCUUUCAUAUGUCAUGCCAAACAUCCACUAGUUAAAGACACCAAGCAGUGUGUGUUAAAACUAGAGGCUCCAGUGUUGAUGACUCAGCGCAGUGUGGUUUCAGUAUAUGAGGGUAAUGAUGUCCAGCUCACCUGCAUCCUGAGCAAGAAUUAUCCUGCAGUCACAGAAAUCACCUGGUACAAUAACUUAAAGAAGGACGUUGGUGAGACACCUAAGAAGUACAUCCUUCAGCAAGGAGCCACCUGGUUUAACCUGACUGUCAGGGAGACAGACAGCAUGGUGGACAGUGGACAGUACUGGUGCACUGCUACUAAUGCAGUUGGAGGAGCAGAGAUUCCUGUCUCGCUCAUGGUGAAAAGAUACCCAAUGCCUCCAAAUGUGACCAUCAGCAAGAUCACAUACAGCAGCCAGCAGAGGACAGAUGUCAUGUUGGAGUGGUUAGUCCAGAGUAAUGGAGACCUCACAGGGUUCUUCAUUGAGCAUCAGAGGCUCCCUGUAGGCAAGAGUGAUGUUGUUCCUGUUUGGCAGACAGUGGUAGUAGAUCUUAAUCCAAGCACCCGGAGCUACCAGAUCACCAACCUAGAUCCUACUGGGAAAUAUGCAUUCCGUGUGACUGCUGUCAAUCACAGAACCACAGGACAUCCAUCAGAGGUCAAGAACCCAGUGUACUUUGCUAGAGGUUUGGUUAUGCUUUUCUCUAGGCAGAACAGCCAGUCGAGAGAAAAUAUCAACUUCCCUGAGGAUGAGGUUGUUGGAGGUGCAGAGGAAGAGGGACACAGAGAAGAAGCAAAUUCCCCAAAUUCUAAUUCCAAGAAUCCCCUUACCUAG